AGCUUACUAAUAACAAAGCUUCAAGCUUUGUCCUAAAUUUCUUUUCCCACGACAAAUAUAUUUUUGUUUUAUUUUACAUUUUUAAUAUCCCUCCAUUUCCGUUCAUUUAAUUCCUUCGGGGCUAACUUUCCUAGAAAACAAACAGCAAUUAGUAGUAGUUGAAACCCCAAAAUUCCAUAAUGUAACUUUCUCGGCUACUUAAUCGAUUCUUGUUUCUCUUGCCUCGGCUCUUCACACCUUUUUCAAAAUCAGUGCUGCCAAGUAAAGGAAGGCUCUUGGUCGAUGUUUCGUAAUUUAGACGGACUCUAAUUAAGGUUGGGUUGCACUGAAACAUGGAGUGGAAGUGUUCAUCUUCUGCUGCUGCAUCUUCUCUUUGCAAGGCACCUUUAAAUAUCUCAACUACAAUGCCGGAGAAGGAUCUGGUUGAGACUAAUGUUGAUAUUGACCUUCGAGAAAUUUACUUCUUGAUAAUGCAAUUUCUGUCAGUUGGUCCUUGCCAGAGAACUUUUGAGCUGUUAUCAAAGGAACUUUUGGAACAUCGGCUUUUACCCAGAAGAUAUCAUUCUUGGUUUUCAAGAAGUGGUUAUCAUAGUGGGAACAAUGACGAUGAUGGCAUCUCAUUCCCAUUAAGUUUUAACAACUUAGUGGAAAGGUAUCCUCAUGUCGAGCAAGAUCACUUGGUAAAGCUUCUGAAGCAGCUACUCUGUACUCCAUGCAGCAAAGCUGUAGGAGAUGCUCAUUCUCUAAGUGCUGCUGAUGUCCCUACAUUACUGGGAUCUGGUUCCUUUUCACUUUUGAAUUCUGACAAGAGUAUGAGUAAUAGGCUGGGUAAGCCUAUGCCUGCCUAUCUUCGUUGGCCUCAUAUGCAAGCUGAUCAAGUUCGUGGGUUAAGUAUAAGAGAAAUUGGGGGAGGCUUCCGGAAGCACCACCGAGCUCCCUCUAUUCGGUCAGCGUGCUAUGCUAUUGCUAAACCAUCUACCAUGGUGCAAAAGAUGCAGAACAUAAAGAAGUUGAGGGGGCAUCGGAAUGCUGUCUAUUGUGCCAUAUUUGAUCGCUCUGGGAGAUACGUUAUUACUGGUUCUGAUGACCGCCUUGUCAAAAUUUGGUCUAUGGAAACUGCGUUUUGCUUGGCCAGCUGCCGUGGACAUGAAGGUGACAUAACUGACCUGGCUGUUAGUUCGAACAAUGUUUUGGUUGCAUCUGCUUCCAAUGAUUUUGUGAUACGAGUUUGGCACUUGCCAGAUGGGUUGCCAGUUUCAGUUCUACGAGGACAUACUGCAGCUGUUACUGCAAUUGCAUUUAACCCCAGGCCUGCAUUUGCUUUCCAGCUUUUAUCGUCAUCUGAUGAUGGGACUUGCCGAAUCUGGGAGGCCAGAUAUUCACAUUGUAGCCCACGCAUAUACCUGCCGAAGCCUUCUGAAGCUGCUACUGGGAGUAGCAAUUUUCCGUCUAAUAAUGGACCUUCCUCAAGUAAUGUCCCACAAACUCAUCAAAUAUUAUGUUGUGCAUUUAACGUCAAUGGGACAGUUUUUGUCACUGGUAGCUCUGACACUUUUGCCAGGGUCUGGAGUGCCUGUAAGCCUAGUACCGAUGAUUCACAACAACCAGUUCAUGAGCUGGAUGUUUUGGCUGGCCAUGAAAAUGACGUUAAUUACGUUCAAUUUAGUGGAUGUGCUGUACCUUCAAGAUCCUCAAUGUCUGAUAUCAUAAAGGAGGACAAUCUUCCAAAAUUUAAAAACUCCUGGUUCUGUCAGGACAACAUUGUUACCUGUUCUCGUGAUGGUAGUGCAAUAAUCUGGAUUCCCAGAUCACGUAGAUUCCAUGGAAAAGUUGGACGUUGGACAAAGGCAUAUCAUUUGAAAGUUCCACCCCCCCCGCUACCUCCUCAACCUCUUCGAGGAGGCCCACGUCAGAGACUCCUCCCUACUCCUCGUGGUGUCAAUAUGAUUGUGUGGAGCCUUGAUAAUCGUUUUGUUCUAGCAGCUAUAAUGGAUUGCAGAAUAUGCGUGUGGAAUGCUGUUGAUGGAAGCUUGGUACAUUCUUUGACUGGUCAUGUUGCAUCAUCUUAUGUUUUGGAUGUGCAUCCUUUCAACCCUCGAAUUGCGAUGAGUGCUGGAUAUGAUGGAAAAACUAUAGUUUGGGAUAUAUGGGAGGGCGUACCCAUCCGGAUAUAUGAAAUUGGGCGUUUUAAGUUGGUUGAUGGGAAGUUUUCUCCGGAUGGAACGUCAAUUGUACUUUCAGAUGAAGUUGGGCAGAUACAUUUGCUUAACACUGGCCAGGGUGAGUCUCAAAUGGAUGCCAAAUAUGAUCAGUUCUUUCUUGGGGAUUAUCGCCCCCUUAUUUGGGAUUCUGCUGGAAAUGCUCUUGAUCAGGAGACACAGUCUACCCCACAUCGUAGGAACAUGCAAGAUCUUAUUUGUGAUGCCAGCAUGAUUCCAUACCCAGAACCUUAUCAGAGUAUGUACCAGAAACGGCGACUUGGCGCACUGGGUAUUGAGUGGCAUCCAUCUUCAACAAAGUUUGCUAUUGGCCCAGAUAUCAGUUUAGGCCAGGAUUUUGAAAUGCCACUCCUGGAAGAUCUGGAAAGAGUGAUAGAACCCCUACCUGAUUUCAUGGAUGCCAUGUUUUGGGAACCUGAAAACGAAGUUAUCAGUGAUGACACUGACUCGGAGUACAAUGUUCCUGAGGAAUGUUCUACAGAAGGUGAACAGGGGGCAUUGUGUUCCAGCUCUUCUAGAGGCACAGAGAGCGGUGAAGAAGACAGUGAGGUUGAAUGCAGUCACAAAGAUGGUCUUCGUCGAUCACGAAGAAAAAAAGGCAGCCCUGAAGCUGCGUCGAAGACUUCAUCAAGGAGACGAGUCAAAAAGAGGUAUUUGGAUGAGCGUGAUGGCACUAUACCCAGAUCCAGUAGAACUAAAAAAUCAAAAAGUGGCAGGAAAGCUUCAAAGAGGAAGUCUUCAAAAGCAAAGACAGUGAGACCUCAGAGAGCUCAGAGGGUUGCUGCACGUAAUGCUCGAAGCAUGAUGUCUAGAAUCACUGUGACAUCUACAGAUGGAGAUGAAGUGGACUCAGUAGGUGAUUCAUUGAAUAGUGAGUCAGUGUCUCAAGAUUCAAGCUCUCAAAACAGCGAAACUGAGAGAAACUUGGAGACUGUAAAACUGAAGUCCAUAGAAAAGGACCAAGAGUCUGAGGGCAUAGUAUGGUCUCAUGAACUUCCCAAAUCGCAAUCAGAUACUGUGAACAGAAAGAGAUUGGUCUUAAAGUUCUCCUUACGUGAUUCUAGGAAGCCAGGUGCUUCAGAGGCCACCAGAUUGAACACUUGCAAUCAGAUCAAUGUACCGGGUCCUUCUUUGUCUGGGCCUUCAGUAGCUUUUGAUGAGAAUAUAAAUGACUGCUUGAAAGACCCUGGCUUAACGACUGCAGAUGUGGAGCUCUCAGAGCAUGACAGGGUUGAUCUAGAAGGUACGAGGCAAACUGUAAACACUGAGGAUCAUUUAGAGAAAUUUGUAGGGGACAAGGAUAACAAAAUCAGAUGGGAAGAGGUUAAAAUUCGGACAUCCAAGCGUUCGAGGUCAGGAGAUUUGGUGCCAACCAAUGUCCACUAUGAAAACAGGAUUACUUCUUUAAAUAGGGAAGAGAGACAGUUAACUACUACUGCAUUGCAAGAUCUGGACAGAGUGAUGAUGGAAGAGGUUUCUCCCGAUGAGGCACACAAAUCUUUACUGUCCCUAGGUGACCAUCAACUGAAUGGCAGUCCUUCGGCAUCUUAUUCUAAUGUCAGCCUCAACCAGGGACAUAUAGGUUGGUCUGGCUGUGAUAAAUAUGGAAAUCAUGACUCCUCGCAAACUGAUCAAGUUAUUGGUGUUAAACAAUCUCAUGAGUCAAAUGAGAUUACUCCACACAAAUCAGUGAAAUUAAGAAUAAGAACAAAAGCAAUUUCAAGGGACCUUGGAAGUCCUUCCAAACAAAAAUCCAUCACUAUAGUGAAUGAUCCAACCUGCGAUGAAUGUGAUAUGAGGCCUAGAAACACUUUGUCUGCUACACUAAAUCUUGGUUACAGCAUGCAAGAAAUGGGUGAAGGUUCUGACAGAUCUAGGUUACAGCAUUCAAUUGGCUUAAAUUCCAUUAAUGAUCAUGAUUCAGAAACUGUGUUUCCCGAAUCAGCAGGUGAUGCAGAUCGCCGAACACAAUCCAUGAAGAUGAAGGUAAAAGUAGGUCAUGCAGUAGCAACGACAUCAGAAAAUGAUGAAAAUUUAUCUUCAAAAGGAUACCAUGGUAUUGCAUCUGAAGAAUGGAUGUCAAGUUCCAAACAUAGAGACAGAUCAAGAUCCAACAGAACCAAGCGUAGCGGUGGUCAUGACAAUAACUUGAAAUUUUCGAGUGGAAGGAAGUUGAAUCCUUCUGUUAGAAAAUUAUCAUGGUUGAUGGUGUCAGAGCAGGAAGAGGGUUAUCGUUAUAUACCUCAGCUGGGUGAUGAAGUUGUAUAUUUCAGACAGGGGCAUGAAGAGUGCAUCGAACAAGGUUUCAUAAAGGGGACAGGUCCAUGGAGCUCAUGGGCACACCUGAGUGCAGUGGAAAUUUGCAGGGUUGUGGACCUUGCUUAUUCCCAAGUUCCUGGAUCUGGAGAGAGUUGCUGUAAAAUCAAACUUAGAUUUGUAGAUAAUUCAUCAUGUGCAAUUGAUGAGGAAUUCACAUUGACUUUGCCUGAGUUGAUAGGCCUUCCUGAUUUUCUUGUUGAAAAGACGAGAUAUGAUGCUGCAUUGAGUAGAGAAUGGGCUCGUAAGAAUAAAUGCCUAGUAUGGUGGAAGAACUCUGAUCAGGAGGGUGGAGAUUGGUGGGAUGGUAGAAUCAUUGCUUCACAGCCAAAAUCUAUGGAUUUCCCUGAUAGUCCUUGGGAAAAAUAUGAAGUUAUUUACAAGGAUGGCUGUAAAUAUCGGCACAGUGCUUGGGAACUGCAUGACCCCAACACUCAAUGGGCGCAUCCACAUAUUGAUUGUGAAAUCAGAGAUAAGCUCCUGUCUUCUUUUGAUAAAUUAGAGCGUUCAGCAGGCAGAGAUAAGGAUUUAUAUUUAUUUCAGAAACUGAACGAAGCUGCUCAGAAAUCAGAAUUUCUUAACAGGUUUCCAGUUCCAUUGUAUCCCGAAUUCAUCCGGCUUAGGUUAGAGAACAACUAUUAUCGAACGUUGGAAGGGGUGAAGCAUGACAUAAAGAUAAUGCUUUCGAAUGCGAAGAGUUAUUUCGCUAGAAGCGCUCACCUGUCUUCAAAGAUGAAGCCUCUAUCAGAUUGGUUUACAAAGACAAUUGCCAAGAUUGCAAGGAAGCUGUAAAGGUAUUCUUUCUUUUUUCUUUUUAAUCUCUUACAUUUCAGGGGGUCCAAUUUUGUAAAACCAACAAUUGUUUAGGCAUAUUAAAGAACAUUGAUAAAAGGAAAGGGAUGCCUGCAAUUC